AUGGCCACAGGGGAAGAUGUCUGGGACUCUCUCCCAGAGGGGGAGCAAAAGUCUGUUUGGGAUGAGACAGAACGCAAUUUUUGGGUUAAUCUUCGCACCAAGAAGGAUGCAGAAAACAAAAAGAUUGAGAAGGAUUUCCAGCUUUCGAUUAACGAAGUCAGGUUGAAACUCAGUGACCUUACAGGACAGCGAAGUCAACUGAAAGAAUCUCAAUCUCGACUGGCCAGGGAACUCGCCAAAGUUGAGGCUGAAUUGGCACGCACCACGGAUGAGUGCGAGGAGAAGGCCAGUCGACUUGAGCGCAUUGAGCAGGACUACCGCGCGUCGCGCCAGAAGAGAACAGAAACGCUCCAUGAUAUUUGGUUCAAAAUGCGUCGAUUCUUUAGACAAAAAAGAGGAGAGGAUCCUGAUGUCCCAGACCAUCUUGGACCAGAAUCAGAAGGCAUUGUUCUACCCGAAAUGUUGCCAGAGGUAUCCUCGGGCUUUAAUGGAACGACCCCACGAGUAGAGCCUACUAAUGGAACUGCAGUGGUAGCAGAGAGACCUGAAGAAGAAGAACAAGACGACGACGAGGAUCGUAUGGAAGGCGUUGAGCACCACGAUAAUAGGGGAGCCGAGAGCCUCGUUGAUAUUGUUGAUGCUGAUGGCAAUGUGAUUGGACCCGUGGAACAAAUAGAGCCUUGGAACCAAUGGGUUGAGGGUAUCCAAGAAUUGGAAAUACGAAGACCCGUCAAGAUCCGCCGAGGACGACGCUUCAACACUACACAUCUUGCAGGCAUUUACGAGCGAACUGAGGCGAAGGGGGUCAAAUGGCUCUCUUGUAUGAUUCAAGCGACAGGGGCGAUACAGGCCAAGAGAUGCCUGUCUUGUGAUAAGAACCAAGGCGCCUUUGACGACUGCAUCAUUGUCGGCGGGGAUCUCUUCCAGAAGUGUGGCAACUGUGAGUGGAAUCGCCAGGGAUGCCAUGGUUCCUCAGGAGACACAAUUGACAUACUGGCAUCGAGGGAGAGGGCACAACGGAAGAAGCAACUGGAGGAUGGACCCCAAGAGACUUCUGCAGACCGAUCCUCAGAAACAGUACACCAGACCGUUGAAGUUCAGCCGAGGUCGUCUGAGCAAACAAGUCAAUCAGAACCUCGGCGAGUCGAUGAACAGAUUUCUGUGCCCUAUCGGCCACCUUCACCAAAGCCCGCUCCACAAUAUCCUGAGCUACCGUCUGAGAGACAAACUGAAAGACAGCCCGAGCGACAAUAUGAACGGCAACCCGAAAAACAGUCUAAACAACCAGUUGAGCCUCAACCUACGCCACAGACCGAGCGUCAAGCAGCAUGGAACACAGCACCACAGCCAGAACGGCGCCCUGAACACCAAACCGAGAAAGUCCCAGAUCGACCUAACGAAAGGUUCCAUGAUGUGAUCGCCGCGAAGGCCCCAGAACGGACUGUCGAGGUAGCGCCAAUCCAAAUCGCUGAACGUCCUCAUGAAAUGUCCCACAAACCGACCUAUGGACCUCCCCCAGGACCCCCAAGCCGGCCGACAACGGCUUCCAGGUCGGAUUAUGCCCCGGAACGAAUGAUUGACCCCGUGGACUCGCCCUUACCGACACUGAUAUAUCCUCAACCCAGGCCCCUGGAGACUCCACGUUCUGUGCUUCCCUCAGGUGUUCUGCGCCGCAGUCCUCAUGAAAUCCUCCAUCCAUCAACAGAGCUCGAUGGCCCUGCCAGAGACUAUCGCGGUUCUAAUUCAGCUCACAUAUCACGAGAGCCUGAGCAAAUGCACACUCCACAGGAGUAUCGCGUAGCUGCUGGUUUUACGCCGGCCAAUGUGAGAAGUCGACCUCCAUCCAGCGAUCGAGGAAGACCAACUCCACCAUCUCUGUCCCUGGACCCUUCAUCGCAGCCACCUGAAUCUCCUCCUGCCCAGCCACUGGAAGAGAUUACCCGAGAAAACAUGGUCCUCAAGAACGACGGAAAUGUUUACACCUAUCCUGAAUGCGUUGCCGGGGUGCCAUUGGUCAAGAUUAACGAGGAACACCCGUAUUGGGAGGCCAACUGGCCUAACGUCAAGACACUCAUUGAGCCACAGCUUGCUCGAUGGCGUGAGAAACACCAGGCUGCCAUCGAAGCAGGCCCUAAGCAGGAUAAGGGUGGUUCUUCAAAGUAUCAAAUUGGCAGACAGGUCAACCGCGGUAUUAAAAUUCUCGAAUUCCACGAAAAGGGCCCAAUCAGUCCCUAUCAGUUAUUGGGGAAAAGAUACAUCCAGGCCGGCAAAGGCGGCAUAACGUCAUACGACACACUAUUUCGCCUUUCGGAGACAAUAUCGGAGCUUGAAAAGUUCAACCUUGAUAUAUCACCAGUUGACUGGAUGCGACAGCGACUUCACGAACUAAUUCAAACGCAGGGUCACAACUUCAACCUGCCACGAACAAUUCACGAUUUCUACCAUGACUCCAAGCUCACUAGUCUUCGUUACAAGCAUGGGUUCAAGAACAUCGGACGUCCUUCGGGAGCCAUGAAGGCGCGCUUGAGUCACGGCAGCCCUAGCAAUACACCUAAACCUCUCCAAAAGCGGAAGUCUAUGCACUCUGUUCCUACUACGCCCCGAGAGGAUUCAUUCAUCAACCACUCUCCUCUUCCUAGCCAGGUACCACCAAGCUAUCCAGCGCCAGCGCCAGCGCCAGCGCCAGCGCCAGCGCCGGUCCCCGCCCCUGGGCCCCAGCCAGCAUUCAGCACCCACCUCAACAAGAAGCCGAAAUACAUGCCGCCUACACAUGGAAGCCCCGUACAUGACGAAUUUCACUUCGAGGCUUGGUCCGACACAGAUUCAUGCAGCGGAGGUAGCAUCACGAAGUACGAUUGGCGGCUUGCUGUAGUCAAGACUCGGUUGUAUACCAGCCAUAUCAAUGUCACUCAGUAUUGGACCUGGGUUGGUCAGAUACAAUGUUUCCAACACCAAGUACUCAAAGACGUGAAACCUGCGAAAUGGGGCUUGUUUAGGGACGAGAUCGAUUUCCACGUCAACCUCGCAGAGAUUGAGGAGAUGGAAUGGAGUAUCGAAGCACUUCGUGUUCACAUCAUUAUGAAAAAGGAUGCCGGAGAGCUUGCUGCGGAUGGCAAGCCUCGAGGAGAUGUCAUGGCGUCCUUUCCAAGAGCACGUACAAUGCGCCGCUUCCUGUUCUUCUGUAGAGAAAGGGGUAUGAAAAUGGCUAAGAGGGCCCCGUAA